UGCGAAUUUGGUUUAAAAAUUGCAAAUAAAAUUCGAGUGCGCGCCAAACAUAAUAUUCAUUUAACCUAAUCAGUGUGCGUUAACCUCUCUCUCCAAUCUAUUGUACUACCCGAUCUUGACCCCGUUGGCGGCAAUGCAGGUAAAUAACAAUCCCAGCCUGGCUGGCAGCUUGCUCGGCAAUCUGGCGCCGGCGCCAACGGUGCAGCAAAUGCAAUCGGACUUGCAGCGUCACCUGGAUCAGGUGGAUCAUAUGCUUUCCUCUGUGGGCGCCAACGCGUCAGCUGCACAAAUGACCAACCUCAUGGGCAAUGCCAAUCCAUUGGCCGCAGCGGCCAUGCUGAACAACAACAACAAGACAGCGCCGGGUGGCGGCGGCGGCGGUUAUGCUGGCAGUGUGUUGCAUGCGUCUGGCCAUCAUAAAAACGGACUCGCAACGGGCGUCAACGAAUUGUUGGGCAGCGCUGCUGGCAAGUUGUCCGCUGCGGCUGCUGGUGCUUUGCCGCCGCACGGCUAUGGUGGAGCAGCGGCAGCAGCGGGCGCUGGACAGGCGGGCAGCAUCGGCGGCAUACGCAUUGCCAGCAAUUUGCAUAAGCAGCCCGAGCUGGCCGAUCAUCAUGCGGCGCUGACCGCUGCGCUCGCCUCCACAGGCGCUGCCGGCAACAACAACAACAACAACAAUAACACUGGCACACUAGGCAUGGGCGUGGGCGUGGGCGUUAAUGAUGCUUUGUCCAGCGCCUCGCUGGCCGCUGGCCUCAAGCAGAUACCGCAAUUCGAUGAUCCCGUGGAGCAGUCGCUGGCCUCGCUUGAGUUUAGCGCCAGCUCCACGGGCAAAUCGUCGCUGACGGAUAACUUUUUAAUGGCCCACCAGGCGCAUAUGAUGCAGCAGCAACAGUUUGGACUGCAGCAACAGCAACAGCAACAGCAACAGCAGCAGCAACAACAACAGCAGCAACAGCAGCAGCGCAUGGACUACAUGACGGAGCUGCUGGCAAAGAGCGUGGAGAACGUGGCUGGCAUGAAUGGCAACCAUUUGCUGAACAAUAGCAUAUUCAAUCUGGACAUGGCGACGACUCCCUAUCAGCAGAAGCAGCAGCAACAGCCCCACGGGCAACACGGCCAUCAAGCGCAACAGCAGCAGCAGCAGGCACACAACAAUGGCUACAAUGUUGCCGACUUUAGCGGCAUGCCGGGCUUUGAUAAUCUCAAUAUGGCUUCAUCUGGCCUGUUGGACCAUGUGAUGCCCAUGGCGGCUAUGAUGGGCAGUGCGGGUGGCGGCAAGCUAAAAGACGGUGAUCAGCAGCAGCAGCAGCAACAGUUGCAGCAACAGCAACAACAGCUGCAACAGCAAUUGCAACAACAGCAGCUGCAGCAACAGCAGCAGCAACAUCAUCAUCAACAGCAGCAGCAACAACAACAACAUCAUCAUCAACAGCAGCAGCAGCAGCAGCAGCAGCUCACCCAGCAACAGCAGCAGCAGCAGGGCAAUCAGGCCAACAACAAAAUGUUAAUCAUACCGAAGCCCAUUGAGUCCAUGAUGCCAAGUCCGCCCGACAAGCAACAGCUGCAGCUGCAGCAGCAGCAUCAAAAGGUGCUGCCGCCGCAGCAAUCGCCCUCCGAUCUAAAGCUGCACGCCGGCAAUACGCACGCUGGCUAUCAGGUGUUUAAGAGCGCUGUCGAGCAGAAUCUGAAGAAUGCCAGCUCGUGGUCGUCACUGGCAUCGGCAAGUUCGCCGCAGAAUACGGCGACCACGUCGAGCAAGGCCAAGCCGGCGAUGGAUUCGUUUCAGCAAUUCCGCAACAAAGCCAAAGAACGCGAUCGCCUCAAACUGCUCGAGGCAGCCGAGAAGGAGAAGAAGCACCAGAAGGAGGCUGCCGAAAAGGAGCAGCAGCGCAAGCAUCACAAGUCCUCCUCCUCCUCAUCCUCAUCAGCGGCGGCGGCCCCAUCCGCUGCUGCUGCUGCCUCAGCGGUGGCCGCAACGCAAGCGGCUGCUGCGGCAGCUGUUGCUGCGUCUGCUGCCGCCAACGCAACGGCUGUUAAUCCAAUCAGUGCCGGCAGCAACAGUAACAGCAGCAGCAACAACAAUAACAACAAUAACAAUAACAACAGCGGCAACAACAGCAACAAUAACAAUGGCAGCAGCAACAACAACAAUGCUGGCGGUCAGUCUGCGUCGCAAAGCAGCGGCGAACGAGAGCGGGGCAGCAGCGCAACAGAUGCCUCACGCAUCGGCAGCGGCAUUGGCAUCGGCAUUGGCAGCGGCAGCGGCAGCGGCGGCAACAACAGCAGCAACUCGGCCAACAGCAAUGGACCUGGCAGCGCUGGCAGCGGCAGCGGCGGCGCUCUUGGCGGUGGCAGCGCCAGUGGCGGCGGCAGCGGCAGCGCCAGUGGCGGCCCGCUGCUCAAUGCCGGCAGCAACAGCAACAGCGGCGGCGGCGGCGUCCUAGGCAUCGGCAGCGGCGCAGCCAGCAGCAACAGCAACAGCAGCCUGGGCGGCAACAUUGCAACCAGCGGCUCGAACAGCCAAGGCGGCGGCGGCGGCAACAGCGGCAGCACUGGCGGGAAAAGCGUGCACGAUGCACAGCCGCAAAUAUCACGUAUGGAUGACAUUAAAGCAUCGCCGGGCCAGGGACAGAAUUCGCCGGCACAGCAAUCGCCGCAGGAUCGUGCGGCUGCCAAACGUGCGGAGCAGCGGCGAGCCGAGCAGGAGAGACGCAGACGCGAAGCGAUGGCCGGCCAAAUUGAUAUGAACAUGCAGAGCGAUCUCAUGGCUGCCUUUGAGGAGACGCUGUAG